GAUAAGCUUGACACUGAAACAAUGCGCUCAACGGGAAAUGACAUUCACGGUCCCUUAAUACUCCUGCCAAAACGUCUCGGAUUUAUGCUAUUUCGAAAUAUAUAAAGCUUUUAUGAAUACUCAAAUUCAUUUUACGAAGUUCUAAUUAUAAAUAUCAAACCCCAAAAUUACCAAGCUGCCCAUUCAUCCCUUUUGUCGUCGUCGACGAACUACAUCAGUCACAACACUAUACAUUUCGCACUUCAAGCUUCAAAGUUAACAGAUAUGGCUUCGUCUUCUUCUGCUUCGUAUUCCACCGAUCCUGCUCUCUACCUAUACACAUCAUUGACUUCCGGUUCAUCGCACAUUGUUACUGCGACAUCGAGGUUAGAGACGAUCUUGAAAGCGAACAGAAUCCCAUUCAAAGCGCUUGAUAUUGCGACCGAUGAGAAGGCACGAAUGCUAUGGGGUCGCAGAGCUGGUAAAGAUGAAUCGGGACGUACUAGAAAGAUCCCAGGCUUAGUUCAGGAAGGUUUGGUUCUUGGUGACCUCGUGGAGAUUGAGGACUGGAACGAAUACGGCGAAUUGAAGCAACACAUCAAGAUUGUACCUGUGUCGGGACCUGGUGCAAAUCCAGCCAUCCAAGCAGAGCCUCCAACCAAGUUAAAAGAGAAUAACAAGCCAGCUGUGGCUCCUGCUGCUCCUCCCGCAUCGACACCCAAAUCUGUUAAUACGAAACCUUCUGGGGCUGCAGAAACGACUAUUACAUUAGCUAUGCGACAAGCAACUCAAGAAGCGGCACAAAGGGCAAAAGAUUUAAAGAAAAAGGCAACAGAGGCACUAGUUAAUACCACCAAAUCUGAGCCUGAAAAAGCUUGCAAACCUGCUGUUGUCCCAACUGCGACCAUUCCUGAUGAGAGGCACACUUUCGAUACAAUCACUAUACUCCAAAAUCCUGAUAACUCAACGUGGAGUGCUGCGCCGUUCUCCUAAUCGAAGACUUUCCGUUGAAAUUCACAUAUAAACUGAAGUCUCUGCAAUCGCCAACUUCCAGAGCUUGGAGACCAAGUGAUGUUGAUCCGUCUAUUUAAGUGCACCGAGUUUCAUCUGUAUCAUUGGGAUCUGCAGAAAAUAUCAGGAAGAUUGAGGUUGAGACAGCGAUCCCCAGGGAGGAUGGGGACGAGGAAUCAGAUGCAAACGAGGAUUAAGAAUUGAUUGGAUUUAUAUUUGCUUCAUGCUAGAUAUUGCAAUGCCAUCUAUUUCAUCGAUUACUUCCUAUGUCUACUCUUCAAGGUCAUCUAUUACACAUGACUAAGCGACUUGGAAUGGUGGUGGCUCUUAUCCCUAUUUUUCUAGCCGGGAAUUGUAUUUGAGCUUUUAAUGGAUGUCGUUACAGGGCAAGGCGAGUUUCUUUUGUGUGUGUGUUUUUUGUUUUACAUACGUUUAUGGCUUCACAGCGUUUUCAUUCAUUUUCGAUCACAUAGUCUUGCAUCAAGUGCUUAGACCAUUCGUCAUUCUAUCUAGGGAUUCUAGCUAGGCUACGCAGCAUGCAUUCUCACGUGUUGCUUUGUCCGAAAUAUUCCAAAUAAUUAUCAUUUUAAUUAGCAACAGAUUGUUUCUUCUAUAUGAGUAGUCUUGUAAUUCUUGUUCAAUAAGGAUGUGCUGACUAGGGCUCCGGAAGUAAUCGAUCUCGGUCUUCUCACCAUGUAGUCA